GCCUCUGCUAUCGCAGGACCUCGUUCUUUGCUCCUGGUUCCUGGAUUUUGGUUAUCUCGAGUGCAUGGCUGUGUGUGUAUUUUAUGUCUCCUUAGAGUGAUUGAUGCUGGCUUGAUUCACUUCAGGCUAUACAUUCCCCUCUUUACAGUACUCGCUUUUCCGUCGCGAUCGCCAAGCAACAUCGUCAGGCCUCAUUUGCUUCAGAGCCGUGGCUCAGACUUCGAUCACCACUCCCAGUGGCCUGCUUUCGAAGCUAUAUUCCUUACACUUUAGCCCUAAUCAAUUGACUUAGAAGUCCAUGCCACCGUGGAAGCUAUAAUGUCUACAGUCCAACCUGCUCGAACAAUGAAUCAUGGUCACUUUUCGCUCGCCGGAGAAUUAGGUCGAAUCCCCAGGAGCCCGAUCACACACGCUGUCAGUAAAUCCCCGCAGCAGCCAUUUCUUGCGGCUCACCUUAUUCUCAGCAGCUCAGCCAGCAAAGGAUUGCGAUCCCAUUCCUGGCAACAAUCUAAAUCCACCAGCAAACCCACUUCUACGUUUCCUCGCCGAUUAGGGACUCCCUACUUCCUGCACCGUCCGUCUCCCGCAUCACUCCCCUCUCCCUCGUCGCUUCCAGUCCAAAAGUCCAGCCUUCGUCGCCCGGUUGUCGUGUGCCAGACGGCAGAUGGCAGCAGCCACAGCGAAUGGUCGCUGGGGGACCAGCAGGGGCCGGGGCGAGGCGGGACAGGCGGCGGGGUGUGGGAGAUCGAGUCGUUCGAGGAGGCGCAGAUGGGCGCGGAGACAGCAGGGAACGAGGAGGAGAACGGCGCUCUCGCGAGGUCGCGUAACCGGCAAGAGAAAGAGAAGGGAUGCGAUCGCGUGGUAGAGGAGGGUGAAGCUGCUCGUGAAAGGAGCGAUCUUUCAGCAGAUGCGCACACGAUUGACCGAGAAGCCUCGCCACGCGCGCCAGGCGCGGGGAAUGAGAGUGCUGUGAGCGACAGAGGCAAAUCGGCCGCUUCCGCCACUAAUGACAGAAGCGGAUCUGAGUCAGAGGAGCACGAGGAUCGGCGGAAUGCGGCACUGCCGGAUGAGAAGGCUGGGUUCCCAGAGGCGUUCAGCCGUGCGAUGCGCCAGAUUCCAGUAGCCGUGUUGCGGGCGAUGGUUGUGCUGCGCGCCGUACUGCCACGCGGGAGCUGGUGGGACCUGCGGAAGCUGGCUGGGGGGAAGGCUGCAGGCGGGAAAGGCGAGAGAAGCAGCGGCAGUGAGAAAAGCAGUGGGGGUGGGGAUUCGGCGGGCGAGCUGUGGGACGCCAUCUGCAAGCUGUGGCGGUUCUGCGCGCCCAACAAGACCAUGCUCGUCCUCGCCUCGCUCUGCCUCGCCCUCGCCGCUCUGUCAGAGGUGACCAUCCCGCACUUCCUGGCGGCGACCAUAUUCGCGGCGUCCAACGGGCUCAAGGACCAGUUCACGCGGAACGUGCACCUUCUCAUCACCAUGACGCUCGCCUGUGGCCUCUUCAGUGGUCUGAGGGCCGCGUCCUUCACCAUCCUCAACCUCCACAUGGUGCGGCGAAUGCGGAUGUCGCUGUACAGCACGCUCAUCCGGCAGGACAUCGCCUUCUUUGACGGGCAGUCAGUGGGCGACCUCACGUCCCGCCUGGGCUCCGACUGCCAGGCCGCGGGGCACACCGUGGCCAUUGACCUCAACAUCAUGCUGCGCAACGCACUGCAGGGCAUAGGCGCGUUUGUGUUCCUCAUUCGCCUGAGCUGGCAGAUGGCCCUCGUGACAGCAGCCCUCUGCGCCCUCAUGUGGUACCUGCUCAUGCGCUAUGGCAGCUUCUCCCGGCGGAGCUCCAUGGUGGUGCAGGACACAGUCGCGGCAGCCAACGAGGUGGCGGAGGAGACCCUGUCUCUGGCGCGAGUGGUGAGGACGUUUGGCACCGAGAGCAAGGAAGUCGCCAGGUACGAGGUGCCUCUGCAGCGGAUAGUGGAUGUGGGGCUGAGGCGGUCCGUGGCGUAUGGGGUGUGGACGUGCACGGGCAACACCAUCUACAAUGCCACGCAGGUCCUAGCGCUGAUAAUGGGAGGAGGGGCAGUGAUGGCGGGGCGCAUAACAGCGGAGCAGCUGACGCAGUUCAUCCUAUAUGCGGAGUGGGUGGUGCACGCCACGUGGUGGGUGGGCGACCACUGGGCGUCUCUCAUGGACUCAGUGGGUGCCUGCCACCGAGUGUUUCAGCUGCUCGAUCUGCCGCCCUCAGAGCAGCUCACUCAGGGGAACGGUCGCGUGCUCCCCUCGCUCAUGGGCAAGCUGGAGUUCCGCAACCUCUCCUUCCGCUACCCCACCCGCCCUGAGGCGCCUGUACUGGACCACAUCAACCUGACCAUCCAACCAGGCGAGCUGGUGGCGCUGGUGGGGCUUAGUGGCAGUGGCAAGAGCACGCUGGUGGGGCUGCUGCAGCGGCUGUACGAGCCCACCGAGGGGCAGGUGCUCAUAGACGAUGUGCCUCUACCGGAGAUCGACAUUGCGUGGCUCAGAAGCCACAUUGGCGUCGUCAGCCAGGAGCCCCGGCUGUUCAGCACAGACGUGGCGUCCAACAUCGCAUAUGGAAGCAGUGAGGAAAUUUCCCAGGAGGAAAUCACCCGGGCAGCUACCCAGGCCAACGUGCAUCAGUUUGUUUCCGGGCUGCCCGAAGGCUACGACACAGUGGUGGACAACGCGCGGCUGAGUGGCGGGCAGAAGCAAAGAAUUGCAAUUGCCCGUGCCUUAGUGCGCGACCCCACUCUGCUGAUUCUGGAUGAGGCGACCAGUGCUCUGGAUGCUGAGAGCGAGCACUACGUGCAGAUGGCGUUGGACCAGGCCAUGCAUGAGGAUGCAGACGCAAGUGGAAGGAGAAAACGAACCAUCAUUGUCAUUGCUCACCGGUUAUCCACAAUCCGCGCUGCAGACAGAAUUGUGGUAAUGUCAGCAGGCAGAAUUAUCGAGGUUGGCACACACCAGGAGCUGAUGGAUAGAAGAGGGGAGUAUAUGAGACUGCAAUCACGCCAAAUGGAAGCCCUAGCGUAAUCAGUAUUUACUCAAUACUAUAUAUUUCCACAGCAUCAAGGCAUGGCUUAAUUCAGCUUCUUAUGUAUUGAGAAAGAUUCGAUAUUAG